AAUGUGCACCACAAGUUUGCGUAUGCCAUGCAAUAUAUUCACCAACAACACCCUGUAUGAUUGGGCACUUUGUAUUUGGUGGUUUGACUGCAACUCGCUCCUCUGAGAACAGUUCAAGAAUGUAAGCUAAGUAGUACUUAAUGAGGCUUUUUAGGUUUCCCUCACAGAUAAAGUCAAUUCAUCGAUCCCAAGUACAUCAGUAAAUAUGUAUGCCAGCGUUUCCGAUGAACCGAAAGGAUGCUGAGGAAUCAUCAUUUCCCCAAUUUGAGUCCAGCGACAUUUAUUCCACCUCCAAAAAUUUAAACUAAAUUUUUUGGUAAGAAUUUUUCACGUCUUCCCCAUUAACAUCUUUGGAAACUAACAUAUUUUAAAUAUGUUAUUAUGCUCUGAAGUUGUUUUUUUUUAUUACUAACAAUUACUAAAACCUUUUUAGCCAUAUAGAAAAAGAAAAAAUAUGCGCUUCAUGACUCAUCAGAAAUGACUUCAAGCUAAUCCCUUUGGGCAGACAUAAGGUCCUCCUCGGGGUCCUAACGUACAUAGAAAAUGGAUGAUGUUUUGCCAUAACAUGGACGUAAUACUGCACAUCAACUCUGACACAAGUAGCAACCCGACCGUACACUUUAGGCUUCCAUUCAAGUCACCCAAAGACGUCUUGUUGGCACGCUGGUGUGAAUCCAAAAACAUCAACACUACAAUUACACAAAAGUUCCACCUGCCUAAAAAGCUCAGACUCCUUUCGCUGCCAGGAUGAGCCUUCCUGUUAAGGCAUGUUUUUCCUUACGGGAUCCCGACGUGCCGUGCCCUCUUCAUAAAGGGCGUGUGAAGAACUCUAUUGGUCAAGGAUGAAUUAUCACCCCAGCAGUGACUGUGACUUUGUUAAUCUCUCUCCCACGGACCACUGGCUUCCACGGCCGUCACAAUAGAAAUAAAGUCAAGAUUCCUUUUCCUUCAUCGGGACAGAAGAGAAAUGGUUCCAAAUGAUGCACUCCGUGGGGAAAAUUGAAGAAGAAGUUUCAACAAAAAAUUAAUCGCUGCUCCGUCCCCAACGUAACAAGGUCACUCGGACGCGAGAAGCAAGCGAGAACGAUGUCUUUGCGAGCCAACGUCCCGGAGUGACAGCGGCGAGGCUCAGAUCCAGUUCCCCGUCCUAAUCCCGCCUGAUAUUGUCUGGAGUUCCUGCCCAUGAUGCAAGCGGCAUUCAUUUGCAGUCUGGCAGAGGGAUGAAAAAAAGAAAACUACAUCAAAGCAAAAGUGUGCAGCAGCUUACCGAUGCUUCACUGUCUGACUUGAAUCUCCCACUUGGGGAUCGGAGAGGUGCGCACACAGCGGACAGACACAAGAUUCUUUGCACAAAAAUAAGAAAUGGACCGACAACACAGCUUCUAUCGGCAAGUGGACGUUCAGGACCACGUCCACUACAUCGUCGCCUUUUUUGUCCUCGUAAUCGGGACAGUGGGUGUGACCGGAAAUGCCUUGGUCAUGUAUGCGUUUUUCUGUAACAAGAAGCUACGCACUCCUCCCAACUUUUUCAUCAUGAACCUGGCAGUCAGCGACUUUCUCAUGGCCAUCACUCAGUCGCCCAUCUUCUUUGUCAACUCCCUCUACAAGGGCUGGAUAUUUGGGGAAAUGGGUUGUAAAAUCUACGCCUUUUGCGGGGCCUUAUUCGGAAUCACGUCCAUGAUCAACCUUCUGGCCAUCUCUAUGGAUCGUUACAUCGUCAUCACCAAGCCUCUGCGGGCCUUACGAUGGACCUCAAAGCGACGCACUUGCUUCAUCAUUGGUCUGGUGUGGCUGUACUCUUUGGCUUGGAGCCUCGCACCGCUUCUCGGGUGGAGUUCUUACAUACCAGAAGGCCUGAUGACCUCAUGCACGUGGGACUACGUGACGUCGACGCCCGCCAAUAAAAGCUACACCCUGAUGCUGUGCUGCUUUGUCUUCUUCAUCCCACUGGGCAUCAUAUCUUACUGCUAUCUGUGCAUGUUCCUCGCUACUCGCCAUGCCAGCAGGGAAGUGGAAAAGUUGGGUUCUCAGGUGAGGAAGUCAACGCUGAUUCAGCAGCAGACUAUCAAGUCCGAGUGGAAGUUGGCCAAGAUUGCCUUUGUCGUGAUCAUCGUCUUUGUACUGUCCUGGUCACCCUACGCGUGUGUCACCCUCAUUGCCUGGGCAGGAUAUGCAAAUGUCCUGAACCCCUACUCCAAAGCCGUGCCGGCGGUUAUUGCCAAGGCCUCGGCCAUCUACAACCCUUUCAUCUAUGCCAUCAUUCACUCUAAAUACAGGAACACUCUUGCCGAAAAAGUCCCCUGUCUACACUUCCUAGCCCAGCCCCCCCGGAGGGACAUCAUGGCAAUGUCACAUAGCCAGUCCUCCUUCAGGGACUCGGUGCUGAGCAGACAAUCAUCCGUCUCCAAAAACAAGUUUCUACAGGUUUCCUCAUCCUUAUCCACAAUAGACACUCAGGUUUGCAGUGAUGUGGAGCUGGAUCCAAUGAACCAGAACCUUUCUCUGAGAUCCCGCUAUUCCGUUGGAGCGCUAAAGGAUCACAGCCAGGACAAAAGACCACAAUGAUCGCGCAGACAUAUCCUAGAGCCAAGCGCACUCCAAAUGCGUGACCUGAGUCGUGGUCCCGCUCCAGACUCGGUGGAGGAAAAGGGAAGCGGAGCACGAGGACCUGGUCUUCUACAAGAGACAUGAACCAAAGAGGGCCACAGCAAGCCCAGGGCGAAAGGAGAAGUGGAAGUCCUCUCCAGCCACUAUCGGUGGCAGAGGUGUUGGACUGUGUGGGGAAAAAAGAUGCAAUCAUUACUAGAUUAAUAAUAUCUAGUCUGGAUUGUUAAAGUCAAGUCUUGGAGUAAGUCGACUGUUUUUUUUUCCCUCACCAACAUAAACUUGGAAGACUAGUUUCCUCAAAUAGUGAGCGCCACUGUAAAAGAAGCUGCAAAUCUAAAUGCGAGUGAAAGCAUAGACAAUCAAAUGCACAUAGAUAUGCCACAUUAAAGGUGUCAAAUACGAUAAGCGCAAUAAUGGUCAAUACAAUUUCAUAGUGCCAUCAUAUUAAAUGUAAA